AUCUAGACAUCCAUCCAUCCAAUUGUAACUCAUGAUAAAAUGCUGUAAGACGGAGUAUCUUUAUUCAGGGAGGCAUCCAAUCGUGUUUCCUUCUUGGGAAGACCAUCCCACUUCUUCUCAUUCAACAGUUCUCCUUCUAUUUUCUAAAGAGCUUUCUGGACCAUGGCUAGAUUGGGAAAUGGGAUCAUUUAAGCAAUUCAUCUCAACACAGGUCUCUAACCUGAAAUUAUAUUUUCAUUUCUGCAAUGUUCGGAAUCCCCCUAAAUCUGUUACCUCGUUCCUUUGAUUCAUGGACGGUGCCAUUUAGCUAUGUCAAAGUUCAUCACUGGGGAAAUGAGUCUGUAAAUAAAAGGUAGGAUGUCCUUGGGUAGAGGAGGAAUUCUCAUAGGGCAGGAAUAUGUUGAGUGAGCGACCUCUCUAUCUACUGAGGUUUGAGAUGCUUCCCGACUCACUUCCUGUUAUAGAAACUCUGGCAGCUGCGGAGUGGCGCUCCAGCGAAGGACGUAUUCUGGCUUGUUUCUCUGAGAAUUAGACAUCUGGCUCUUCUGAUAUACCAGAGGAGAACGUGGUAUGUGGCUUACUGAUAAACCGUGUCGCUGAGUCAUGGCUGGGAGGUCUUUACGGAGAUCCCCCUCUGGCUGGUAGCAGGUUGCUCGGCUCACCUCGUCACGACUUCUGGCUUAGCCUGAAAGAAAGACAGGAACAGCAAAGCAGCUUCCCACAAAGGGGGGGUUCAACCAUGAAAGAUCACCGUCUUCCCUAGAGAGUCCUUGCCCUAAAAUAUUACCCAGUGCCUCGUUGGGGAAGCCUGCUUGCAAACAUACCGUGGUGGAAGGAACUUCUUGGCAGGGAUUGGUGGCCAGCUAAAGAGAGAGGAUGGCAAGUUGGCUUCGUAAUCCCCUAAAGGAACCGGAGAUUGAGCUGUUUGUAAAGGCUGGCUUGGAUGGACAGAACAUCGGAAACUGCCCGUUCUGUCAAAGCCUCUUUAUGGUGUUGUGGCUCAAAGGUGUCAGAUUUAAUGUCACCACUGUGGAUAUGACAAGGAAACCUGAUGAGCUGAAGGAUUUGGCUCCAGGCACCAACCCUCCAUUUUUAGUGUUCAACAAGGAGUUGAAAACAGAUUUUCUGAAGAUUGAGGAUUUCCUGGAGCAGACCCUCUCGCCACCUAAGUACCCACAGCUCACUCCCCGAAACAAGGAGUCCAUGGAUGUGGGCAGAAACAUUUUUGCCAAAUUCUCCACGUACAUCAAGAACCCCCAUAAAGAAGCAAAUAAAAAUCUGGAAAGAGCUUUGCUGAAAGAGUUCCAUCGCUUGGAUGAUUACUUAAGAAACCCACUGCCUGAAGAAACUGACCAGAAUUGUGCUAAAGAUCUUCUGAUUUCCGAAAGGAAAUUCUUGGACGGAAACCAGAUGACGUUAGCAGACUGCAACCUUCUCCCCAAACUCAACAUCAUCAAGGUGAAUGCUUCUCGCUCUUUGAUGGCCUUCAUCUCCGUUUCUCAGAUGGGUUUCAACCCCGUUGCCGCCAAGAGGUAUCGCAACUUUGAAAUCCCUCUGGAGAUGACUGCACUAUGGCGCUAUCUCCACCAAGCUUAUGCCCGGAAUGAGUUCAGCCACACUUGUCCAGCUGACGAGGAGAUCGAACGCACCUACGCCAGCGUGGCUAAGAAGAUGAGCUAAAGACCAAGAUCUGGAAGUUGGUGCCUGCAAAGGUCUACCAGGGAAUUGGGUGUGCAGUAUUGACCCCAAACUGAAUAGUCUUCACAUACUAGCCUUUUAAAAAAAAAA